AUGCGGAACGACGAAAAUAAUAAAGCAAACAAACACAGUGAAUUAUUUCCUUUAGAAAAUAAUGAUGAACAAAAUAGUGAAGAAAUUAACGAGUUUGAAUUAGAAGUUGACGAAGAAGUCAUCAACUACCUAUCCUCUCUAACAUCUAAUAAAAAUGUUAAGCAUAAAAUUGUGAAAAUAAAUAAUUUAAUAGACGACCAAAUAUACAAUUAUAUAGAAACUUGUAAUAAUUGGGGUAAUGUUACCAAUUUAAAUAAAGAUCCAAAAGAAGAAGAUCAAAAUAUAAAAACAAAUCAAGGGCCAUUGAAUACGUCUCAUAUCUUCAACCAAAUAAAUGAAGAAGCUAGCAAAUGUAACAUUCAUUCCAAAAGUAGCGAUAAUUUCGAUAUCAUAAAAACAAAUACAUUACCAUUAUUUUUGUCCUCAAAAUUAUAUCAACAAAAAGAAGAUCAAAUAAAAUGCAAUGAAAAUGAACACAAAUGCAGAAAUUUUAAAAGUUGCACUAUAAUAAAUGAAACAACAGAUAUCACACUUUUGUACAAUAAAAACGAUUCACAAACAAAUGUAUUAUAUGUCUGCUAUGAUGAAGAAAAUGAUGAAUGUGAAAUAUGUAAUAGUUAUAGAUUGAAAUAUAUGCCAAAUAUGAGCAUAUUUAAAAAUAAUAAUAUAUGUGUUCCCCAAAAAAAUAUAAGCUCAAACGAUAUAAAUAAUACAUCAAAAAAAUGCAAUGAAAAUUUACUAAAUUCACUAAAAGAUUAUUUCUUUGUUUUAGGGUCAACAUCAAGCUCAAGAAAAUAUAUAUUAAAAAAAAGUGAAUUAAAUUUUUUAUCUGUUCAAAUAAAAAUUGAUGAAAAAAAAAUAGGAUGUCGAAAAAAACUUGACCCAUUUACAUUAACAUCAAAUAUAUCAGUAGCAAAAGGAAUAAAAUUAUUAAAUGUUAUUAAUAAUGAUAAUAAAUUAAAACAACAAAUUUUAGAAUUAAGUAAAAACAAAAAAGUUUUAUUAUUAGUAGGAGAUGAAGUUAUUUACUGUAAUAACCAAAUAUAUGAAAAACCGAAAAAUAAAAAAGAAGCAUAUAAUUUUAUUAAAUCUUAUAAUAAUAAUAAAUGCUAUAGUUAUAGCUCCAUUACAUUGAUCGAGUUAAUGUCCAACAAAAUUAUGACUGGAAUUGACGAGUCAGUUUUAAGUUUUACCAAUAUGAAUGACAGCAUUAUAGAAAACAUUUUAAGCGACGAAUCCAUCUAUUAUUGCGCUGGGGCAUUAAAGAUUGAAAACGUUAUUAUGAGUAAAUAUUUGAAAAAAAUCAAGGGGAAUAUCGACAGCAUUUUUGGAUUGUCCCUGAAUCUGCUAUUUCAUUUAAUCAACUUAUUAUGA